CGUCAGUUAGACGGUGUACGCUGGUGGACCUCGCAUGCCAUCAAGCGCAGUUCCACUAUAUCGAAUUCGCGAAAUGGCACAAUCGACCAACGAGGAAAAUCUAAUCCCUUACCAAUAUUAUACAAGCGAAGCUGAAUGUAAUAUAGAAAUCAAAAAAUCAAAACUAGGCGGAAGAGGAUUAUUCGCGUGUCGACCUAUUAAGCAAGGUUCUUUGAUCUUCGCCAAUAAACCUCUAGUAGUCGGACCGCGUGCCGAUUGCACCGGUGUAUUUUGCUCAGUUUGCUAUAUAUCAAGUGAUUCGUGCUAUCCUUGUGAAAAGUGUCAAAUAAACAUAUGCUCCGAAGAAUGUAAAUUCUCUCCUGAUCAUGUGAAAUUGUGUAAUUUUGUCAUUGACAAUUGGAAAAUUAAAUCAAAUCCGCAAAAUAAUCUUGACAUAUCCAACAUUUUAAUAUAUUUACAUUUUCUGAUUUUAAGUGAAAAUAAAAAAAGUAUACUAAAAAUAUAUCAGAAGGAUAAAACUAAAAAUAUUCAAAAUCAAAUAAAGUCUCUAGAAAAUUUCAAAAAUAUAAUACCACCCGAUCAAAUUACAUUUAUCCAUAUGAUAGAAGAACUUUUAAAAGUAAAUUCAUUUAGAAUAGCCAAUAGUGUCGAUAACAAAAAAAUACCACUACGCGGAUUUUAUCCUCUAUCAGCAUUUUUAAAUCAUUGUUGUGUACCAAAUACAAGAAAUAUUUUCAGGACAGAUUAUGAAAUGGCUGUUUAUGCAACUAAAGAUAUCGCAGCUGGAGAAGAGAUUUUGACAUGCUAUACUGGCCUCUUGUGGUGUACACCUGCAAGACGUGUUCAGCUUUACAAAACUAAACGAUUUUGGUGUACCUGUUCAAGAUGCCAAGAUAAUACUGAAAGGGGCACCAAUUUAUCGGCAGUGAAGUGUUUAUUGCGCAAGGACUGUGUUGGAGUUCUCUUACCGAUCCAACCUACAAAUCCCACAACCGACUGGAAAUGUGAUAUGUGUCAUGCAAACGUCUCUUCUGAACAAAUUAGUACUAUCCACAGCGUGCUAGGAAGUCUGGUAGGAACUAUCGAUUUGGAUGACCAAUUUCGUUUAGAAUCCUUGGUACUAGAAAGAUUAGCAAAAUUCGUACCCUACUCCAAUCAAAUUUUUGUUGACCUAAGGUUUAGAUUAGCCGUAAAGCUGGGGUUUGCAGAUGGAUUAAAACUUAAUGAGCUGUCGGAGUCCCGGCUGUCGCUGAAAGAGAACCUGUGCCGCGGCACGUUGCGCGUGCUGGCAGCCCUGGGCGUGGGCGACGCGCACCUCCGCGGCCUCGUUCUCUACCAUCUGCACGCUGCACUAGCAGAACGCGCCAGGCGCUAUCCAGAUCUUUACGAGGAGCUGAAAUCUGAGAUAGAGAAUUGUAUAGAACAAGCGUAUCACAUUCUCCAAGGUGACAUAUCUGCGCCACCGGAUUUGGAACUCAGACACCGAUACCUUGGCCCCGGCUGUGAUAAACCUCAAGAAGAAAAGUUCUUUAUACUUGAUAAAUAGGAAAUCGGGUUAUUAGUAAACGCAAUUUAUUGUUUUUUGUAAGGUAUAAUAUAUGUAAUCGCUAUUAGUACUAUUUUAUUUAUUUACAAACUGCGUCGUCUGCGUCUGAACUAUUUAUUCUUACUUUAUUUAAAAGCUAUUUAUUCUCGCCUUCAACAACACUAUCUUGAAGAUGAUACUGGCAAUGCCGACAAAAGCUAAUCUAGAUAACUGUAAAAUCCUUGACUAUGUUGGAAACACCUUCGCCAUCCGCACCUCUGUGCCUUCUUUAUUUUUCAAUCAGACGACGCAGUUUGCAUAGACACCGAUUAUACAAAUUGUGAACAUUAUAUUGAUAAUUUGUUAAAUUGUGUCAUAAGCGUAAAAAGAAAUGUUACAUGCCUAUGUCAUCAAAUUAUAUUUAUCUAAGUAAAAUAAAUAAUUUGAAAAUA